AUGAAACCCAACUACACAGCCCUGUGCGGCGUGGCUAUCCAGGCCCUAGCUACAACCGCCUCCCCCGUCGGGAGGCUCCUUGGCUCGUCCUUCGGCAUCCCUGGUACCGAUACAACCUAUGACUACGUGAUCGUCGGUGGCGGCACCGCUGGUCUUACAGUGGCAACCAGGCUAGUAGAGCAGAACGCGGGAUCCGUGGCCAUCAUCGAAGCUGGGACGUUCUACGAGCUCGGCCAAAGCAAUAUCAGCCAGGUGCCGGCCGACACAGCCUUCUACAACGGGAAGGAUCCGGAUGACUGGCAGCCCCGGACGGAUUGGGGAUAUGUAACAACACCUCAGGCGGGCGCAUUCUACGGCUCGCUGCACUACCCCCGGGCGAAAAUGCUUGGUGGGUGCUCAGGAAGAAAUUAUAUGAUCUACCACCGGGCAACCAGCGGCGCCUACGACAAGUGGGCAGACACUGUUGAGGAUCCAAGUUAUGCCUUUGACAGCUUUCUUCCCUAUCUUGAGAAAAGUGUAAAUUUCACGGGACCAAACGCGGACCUCCGACUUGCCAAUGCGACUCCUUCAUACGACAUAUCCGCGCUGGAGAACGGAGAGGGGCCACUCUCCGUCACGUAUCCCAACUACGCUUACGCAUACGCCACCUGGGCGGUGAACGGCCUCAAGGAAAUCGGCCUCAACGUCCGUCAGGGCUUCCAGAACGGCGAGCUCUUCGGGCAGUCCUACAGCAUGUUUACGAUCAACGCCGACACCAUGCUGCGAGAAUCGUCCGAGACGGCGUUCCUCCGGAGCAGCCUCGACAACACCAACUACUACCUCUACGAUCUGACCAUGGCCAAGAAGGUCAUCUUCAACGGCACGACCGCCACGGGCGUCCUCGUCGACACGCUCGGCAGGGAGUACACCAUCUCGGCACGCAAGGAGGUCAUCGUCUCAUCGGGUUCCAUCGGAUCCCCGCAGCUGCUCCAGGCAUCGGGCGUCGGCCCCAGCGACCUGCUGAACAGCCUUUCCAUACCCGUCGUGUCGGACCUGCCGGGCGUGGGCCAGAACUUCCAGGACCACAUCCUGUUCGGCGUGACGCACCGCGUCAACAGCCCGACGGCGUCCUCGCUGAGCGGCGACCCGGCGUACGCGGCCGAGCAGAGCCGGCUCUUCCUCCAGCAGGCGGCGGGCGCGCUGACGAGCCCGGCGACCGACGUGCUGGCCUUCGAGAAGCUGCCCAACAACACGCGCGCGGCCCUAAGCAACACCACGCGCGCCGUCCUCGACGCCGAGUACCCGGCCGACUGGCCCGAGGUCGAGUACAUCUCGCUCGCGGCGUACAUGGGCGACUUCGUCCUCCCACUAGCGUCGGACCCGGACGACGGGCACAACUACGCGGCGCUGGCCGUGGUGCUCUGCAAGCCGCGGUCGCGGGGGUCCGUCAACAUCACGUCGGCCGAUACGUCCGUGCACCCGGCGCUCAACCCGGGGUUCCUGACGGACCGCGCCGACGUCGAGGUCGCCGUCGCGGGGUUCAAGCGCGCGCGCCAGUUCUGGGCCACGAAAGCCAUGGCCGUCGACGGCUACGCCGACCCCGAGGAGGCGUACCCGGGCGCCGAAGCCGUGCAGACCGACGCCGAGAUCGAGAACUCCAUCCGCCGCAGCUUCCAGACCAUCUUCCACGGCGCCGCCACGUGCGCCAUGGGCCCCGCGGGAGAUCCCAAGGCCGUCGUCGACCCGCAGGCCCGCGUCUACGGCGUCCAGGGCCUGCGCGUCGUCGACGCCUCUGCUAUGCCGUUCUUGCCGCCCGGACAUCCGCAGUCGACUAUUUAUGCCCUGGCCGAGAAGAUCGCCUGCGAUAUCUCGGGCAACUGUUAA